AUGAAGCGGAAGCUAGACGCCAACGAUAUCCCAUCUCCAGAGCCUGCCGAGGCUAAGGAGACGAAGGACGCCGAUACCACAGAAGACUUCGAAAACCUCAGCCUCGAUCCCCGACUGCGCCAAGCCCUGGUUAAAGAGAAGUUCAGCAAGCCCACCCCGGUACAGGCGAAGGCUAUUCCACUUGCCCUUGCGGGGAAGGAUAUCUUAGCCCGUGCAAAAACCGGCUCUGGCAAAACGGCCGCGUACGUCCUUCCGAUUUUGCAAACUAUUCUUCAGAAAAAGGCGAUCGACCCCUCACUAAAGGCUACUACCGGCCUCAUCCUCGUCCCCACUCGAGAACUCGCUGAGCAAGUCCAGAAGGUCGUCACCACAUUCGCUGCGUUUUGCGGGAAGGAUGUUCGCUCGGUGAAUCUGACACAGAAAGUAUCGGAUGCCGUUCAAAAGUCAAUGCUCGCAGAUUACCCCGAUAUUGUCGUAUCGACACCUGCUCGUGUCAUCGCCAAUCUUGGAACGUCGGCACUUUCUUUGGAGAACCUCACGCAUUUUGUCAUUGACGAAGCUGAUUUGGUUCUUUCGUACGGUUAUGAGGAUGAUAUAAAUGCAUUGUCCAAAGCAAUCCCACGGGGUGUACAGACGUUCCUUAUGAGUGCUACUCUCACCGCGGAGGUGGAUACUCUCAAGGGUUUGUUCUGUCGCAGCCCGGUAGUUUUGAAGUUGGAGGAGAAGGAUGACCAAGGUUCCGGUGUUAGCCAGUUUGUCGUCAAAUGCGCGGAGGAUGAGAAAUUCCUGCUCACCUAUGUCAUCUUCAAGUUACAGUUGAUCAAGGGCAAGGUUAUCAUAUUCGUCGGAGAUAUUGACCGAAGUUACCGUCUCAAGUUGUUCUUGGAACAGUUCGGAAUCAAAAGCUGUGUUCUGAACUCCGAAUUGCCUGUAAACUCACGUAUUCACGUGGUCGAAGAAUUCAACAAGGGUGUCUACGACAUCAUCAUUGCCGCCGACGAGCAAGAGAUCCUCGGCGCAUCAAAAUCGUCAAGAAAAUCCAAGGAAGCAGCAGUCGAAGACGAAGCCAACCCCUCAAGCGACGAAGACGAACAAGAAGCCCCAUCAACCUCCAACAACCGCUCCGACAAACGUCGCAAAGUUACUUCUAAGGGAAAAGACUACGGCAUCUCCCGCGGUAUCGACUUCCAAAACGUCGCCUGUGUUCUAAAUUUCGACCUCCCCACCACCUCCAAAUCUUACACCCACCGCAUCGGCCGCACAGGCCGCGGCGGCAAAACAGGAAUGGCCCUCUCCUUCGUCGUCCCCGCAGAGAACUUUGGCAAGCACAAACCCACCUCAAUCCCCACAGCAAAGCACGACGAGUCCGUCCUUAAGAAGAUCGUCAAGCGCCAGUCCAAAAUCGGGCAUGAGGUCAAACCUUACCACUUCGACAUGACCCAGGUCGAUGCCUUCCGGUACCGUAUGUCCGAUGCCCUGCGCUCCAUCACCCGCCUUGCGGUCCAGGAAGCCCGCGCACGUGAGAUCCGCCAGGAAUUGGUCAAGAGCGAGAAACUGAAGCGUCAUUUCGAGGAGAAUCCCGAUGAGCUGAGACAGCUGCGUCACGAUGGCGAGUUGCGCUCAGCGCGGAUUCAGCCCCACCUUAAGCACAUCCCUGAGUAUUUGAUGCCGGCGAAGGGGAAGAAGGGUAUCUCGAGUGACGAUGUUGGGUUCGUUGGGUUUAGGAAGAUGGGUGAUAAUCGCAUUCGUAAAGCCAGGGAUAGGAAUCGUGGCAGGGGGAAGCCCGUGAGGAAGGUUGAUCCGUUGAAGACAUUUAAUAAGGGGAGGAAGUGA